CCUCCAUCCCCCUCUUACCUUCUUUGAUCUCAUUCUCUUUCUACAUAAUCUCUCUGUCUAUCUCUCUACAGCUCCAUGGGGGAGGUUCAAGAACUGCACCUCCACAUAAACGAAGCCCAAGAACCAAAGUCACCCAAAGACACAACUGCUAUCCAACAACCAUCACAUCCAAAACCCAGACAUUGGCAGCAGUGGCUCUUGGUUGCCCUCAGCAUUGCCUUUCUUCUCGGAGGUCAAUCCACAGGCACUCUUCUUGGGAGAUUCUACUACAAUAGAGGGGGAAAUAGCAAAUGGAUGGCAACGCUUAUCCAGUCUGCAGGCUUUCCAAUACUACUACUACCCCUCUUCCUCUUACCCUCCUCCCCCACCCCCUCUUCCACAAUCACCACCAUGGCUUGCAUGAUAACUCCACCUUCUGUAACUGCACUCACCUUUCUCUAUGUCUCACUUGGGCUGCUCAUUGCUGGUGACAACUUGAUGUAUUCACAUGGCCUCUUAUACCUACCUGUCUCAACAUAUUCCCUCAUUUGCGCGACCCAAUUGGCCUUUAAUGCACUAUUCUCAUUCUUCCUCAAUUCACAGAAGUUCACCCCCUAUCUCCUCAACUCUGUAGUCCUGCUCACCUUCUCUGCCUCCCUCCUGGCAGUCUGCUCCAAUUCAUCGGACACCAAAAGAAUCUCCCCAGGGAAGUAUGCAGUUGGAUUCCUGUGCACGCUGGGUGCAUCUGCCAUAUUCUCCCUAUUCCUUUCCCUCACACAGCUUGCCUUUGAGAAGGUCAUGAAGAAGGAAAACUUUGCCGCAGUCUUGAAGAUGCAAAUCUACCUGUCAGCUGUCGCCACAUGUGCUUGCAUUGUGGGCCUUUUUGCCAGUGGUGACUGGAGGGGUUUGAAGGAAGAGAUGGGAGAGUUUGGAAAGGGGGGAGUGUCUUAUGUGAUGACUUUGGUUUGGAUAGCAGUGGCCUGGCAGGUUUCUGCAGUUUGUUCUAUGGUAUUGAUUUUUGAGGUGUCUUCUCUCUUUUGCAAUGUCAUUAGCACGCUGGGUUUGCCUGUCAUCCCAAUUCUUGCUGUAAUUUUUUUCAACGACAAGAUGGAUGGGGCAAAGGUUGUGGCUAUGUUGUUGGCAAUUUGGGGGUUUGUUUCUUACAUCUAUCAGCACUAUGUUGAUAGUGCAAAGUCUAAAACAGCACGGACUGAAGUAAAUGAAGUCUCUGAUGCUUCCAGUGGAGAGAAAUAAGUUGAUGAACUUUUUGAGAAAAAUGCGUGAGGAUAUCAUGAAACUUGAAGAGAAACAAGCUUGAGCAUUUGAACUAAGACA